AUGGCGACUGGCAACAUCUCAAGCAUUACCGGCGUUCCGCUCAGCCUCGACGUGAGUGACGAAGGAACGAGCGACGACAUUGACAAGUCAGGAAAUAACUUCGUUUAUGAGACACAUGAGGAUCGCGCUAAAGCUAAUGGUAUGAAAUACACCGUCUCGGAUGUACCACCUUUGCCUUUGAGUAUAAUCCUAGGAUGCCAACACUUCCUUACGAUGCUGGGCGCGACGGUUCUCAUUCCUCUAAUUGUGACGCCCGCCAUGGGAGCAACGGCCAAGCAAACAGCCGAAGUCAUUUCAACUAUUUUUGUGGUCUCUGGUGUCAAUACAUUGAUCCAAACGACUCUAGGUGAUCGACUGCCGAUUGUGCAAGGUGGCAGCUUCAGCUACCUCCCUCCAACUUUCUCCGUCAUUUUCAAUCCUUCUCUGCAGGCCAUUGUCGGCGACAAUGAGCGCUUCCUUGAAACUAUGCAGGUUUUGUCCGGAGCCAUUUUUGUGGUAGGGAUUGUGCAAAUGGCGCUUGGGUACUCUGGAGCGAUUGUACCCAUCCUCAAGUACCUUUCGCCCGUUACCAUUGCACCCGUCAUCACGGCUAUCGGACUCGGUCUCUAUUCUGUCGGCUUCACCAAUGUAUCUACCUGCUUUUCUGUUGGCCUCAUUCAAAUGUUGUUGUCAAUUAUUUUUUCGCAAUACUUGAAAAAGUUCCUUAUUGGUGGCUAUCCUGUCUUCGCACUCUUUCCCAUCAUUCUGGCGAUCGCAAUUACCUGGAGCUUUGCCGCCAUUCUGACGGCGUCUGACGUUUGGGGUGAAGAAAGUGCUUGCCGGACUGACAUGGGGUCCACUAAAAUCAAGUCUUUCGCCAUCGUGCCUAUGCUGGGUGGAAUGCUGGCUGGCAUGAUCGAAUCGGUCGGUGACUGCUACAGCUGUGCUAAAUUAUGUGGAGCACCCCCGCCAACUCCCGGAAUUAUCAGUCGCGGCCUAGCUGGUGAAGGUAUAGGUGUGGUGAUUUCAGGGUUGUUCGGAGCUGGAGCAGGAACCACGAGCUACUCGGAGAACAUUGGUGCCAUUUCCUUGACCCGCGUCGGUUCCCGCGCUGUCGUCCAAUGCGGUGCAGUUGCGAUGAUUAUUGUUGGUCUAUUCAGUAAAGUGGCGGCUCUUUUUGCCAGUCUCCCAUCGGCCUUGGUUGGUGGUAUUUACUGCGUAGUGUUUGGGCUAAUCGUUGCGGUUGGUCUGUCAAACUUGCAGUACGUUGAUCUGAACAGUGAGAGAAACCUUUUUAUUAUCGGCUUUUCAAUUUUCAACAGUCUUUCCAUUGCUGGUCCAGCGGGAUACUUUGCGGGUCAAAGCGAGAAUCCGUUUGGAGAUUCAAACGCUGGCGAAAUCGCACUGGCGUUGUUCAGCUCCCCGAUGAUUAUCGCACUGAUUGCGGCCUUUGUUCUGGACAACACCAUUCCCGGUACACCAAAGGAGCGCGGUUUGCUUGCGUGGGCGCACGUCCGGGACGCCGACGUCAACAACGAUCCAGAGUACGUCAAAGUUUACUCGCUUCCUCUCUUCUUUGCCAAGCUCUUCAAGAACUGCGGCUAUUUAGAGUACGUCAGCCGUGGCCGUAUGCCAAAUCCUCCGGCGAAUGGCUAUCAACCAGGACAUGGCGAUAUUGGAGAGCUUUGCUGCGGCGGCUGUUUUGGUGGGCCGCCUUCCUUGCAAGACGACGUGGAAGAAGUGGCUCCUCAGGAUUCAGUAGUAGACGAAGAAAACAUUGCAACCGAGGCUUGA